UAAGGGAGAGUGGCAAAACAGCAAGUUGUUCACAACUGAUAGAGAUGGCGGCGAUAGGUGAACCUGUUAGGUUAGAGAGAGAUAUUUCCAGAGCAAUUGAACUAUUGGAGAAGUUGCAACGAAGUGGAGAAGUGCCUCCCCAGAAGCUACAAGCUUUACAAAGAGUUCUUCAGAGUGAAUUUUGCAAUGCUGUGCGAGAGGUUUAUGAGCAUGUAUAUGAGACUGUAGACAUCAAUAGUAGCCCUGAAGUGAGAGCCAAUGCCACUGCCAAGGCAACAGUAGCAGCCUUUGCUGCCAGUGAAGGGCAUUCACAUCCCAGGGUUGUUGAAUUACCUAAAACGGAAGAGGGUCUUGGAUUUAACAUAAUGGGUGGAAAAGAGCAGAACUCUCCUAUUUACAUCUCUCGCAUCAUUCCAGGAGGCAUUGCAGACAGGCAUGGAGGAUUAAAACGAGGAGACCAACUUCUUUCCGUAAAUGGAGUGAGUGUCGAAGGAGAACAUCAUGAAAAAGCAGUGGAGUUGCUUAAAGGUGCUCAAGGAAGGGUCAAACUAGUUGUACGAUACACUCCAAAAGUCCUGGAAGAAAUGGAAUCACGAUUUGAGAAAAUGAGGUCUGCAAAACGCAGACAGCCAAACAACUUUUCAUAGUCUUGCCCCCCCCCACACACACACACACACACACACACACACACAAAGUAUCAUUUUUCAUUUAUAACUGGACGCAGUGCUGUAUAAAGGACUUUUUUGGGAUAUUUUGUAGCUCAGGCAUUUCCGUUGGUAUGAUUUGUGCAGAUUACACUUUUGCCAGUACUUCUUUUCUAGUCUUGUGGUGUAGAUUAUGUUAACAUUGUGUUGAGAUAAGUACAUAAAGCUUCUUUUUCUGUAAACGCAGAGUGUAUGCUUACGUUUAUAUAGUUAAAAGGUAGCACUACCCAUUAGUCUUGAACAGAAAUAUUUCAUGGACUUAAGAAUGUGGUAUCACAGAUGGCAAAUUCCUGUACAUUAUUUAUCACUUCUCAACUAAGCUAAUUAUUACUUUAAAGAGCAUUUAUUAAUUUAAAGAGCAUUUAAAAUCAUGACUUUUCUAAAGCACUGCAGCCCCCUUGUACUCUAAACUGAAAUGUUUCUCAACUCCAGACACCUAGAAGCAAAGAGAUGUUCAUCGUGCUAUGCUGCUGCAGUCAUCACACUUGAGUUAUCCUACCGUCAGGCAGUCCCUGCA